AACCAUCGCCGAACUACUCAACCAAGCGCCGACGCAAGGUUACCAGCAAGGAGGGACCUUUGGAGCCCUCGGCUCGCAGUUGCUUCGAGAAAAAAAAAUGUCGAAGCUGAGACUCCUAGGAAGCGCCCUCAAGCCGAGGGUUUUAACCCUGAAUCCCAUCCCAAGGUUUCCACCGAGGAGGAGCCUCUCCACCACCGAGGGGGAACCCCAGGAUUCUUCCAACGAUUCAUUUCUCCAGCCUCCCAACGAAGGUCUGGUCUUUGGAAGGGUGACUGGUAUUGGGAGGAAUACGCUGAAGACUGAUGUCAUUCAUUUCUUUGAAGGAUGCAAUUUGUCUGCCGAUGAUGUAAAAGUUGAAUACAACAGAGCGUAUAAUCCAGUUGGGGUGUUGUUGCAAUUCCCUUCUCGGUCUUCGUUUGACAUGGCAGUGAGGCAAACUAUACGAAAGGGUCGUUUAUAUAAGAUGGAAAAGGUGAACCGUUCCCAGUGGGACCUUAUGACAUCAUAUGAUGGAAAAGCUGUUUUGUUGCAAGGAAUUCCUCGUAAUGCUCUUCAGGAGGAUGUGGAGCGUUUUCUGCAUGGUUGUAAUUAUGAUCCUUCUACAUUCCAAACCUUUGUCAGGCCAGGGUUCCCUGAUCCUAUAAGGCUUGCACUUAUCCACUUUCCAACACGGAAUGAUGCGAUGAACGCCUUCUGCAUAAAGAAUAGGAGUUUCUGUCUUAACAAUUCUAUCACAAUGCGAGUUCUCCAGUAAAUCAAGUCCACCAUUAUGGUUAUUUGGUAUAGAUGGAUUUCUGGUUACAGAUCAUGCAUGAGGGCCGCAAACUUUAUUUUAGUUGCAAGGCAUUUUGUUCUGUGUCAUUCUGCCUGUUCCGGGAUCUAGAUCCAAUUUUACUAUUUCAUAACCAAGAUAUUAUGAACUGAACUGCCCAUUUCAAUUAUGAAAUGUUCUUAAUCUGUCGCUGGUCAUUUUUAUUUGCA